AUGCUCCAUUCAACAUUGGCUUUGUCUCUCCUGCUAAUUGCAGUCUCAUCCAACCUUGCUAUGGCAAUCAAAAAGGAAAGAAGAGCACCUCAGACAUUAUCAAGAGGUUGGGGAGAUGAAAUAACAUGGGUACAAACUUAUGAAGAAGGGCUUUAUCAAGCAAAAAGAAGUAACAAGCCACUGAUGGUCAUUCAUCAUUUGGAAGACUGUCAAUACUGCCAAGCACUGAAGAAAGCUUUUGCUGAAAAUGAAGAGAUACAAGAAAUGGCCCAAGAUAGUUUCAUUAUGCUGAAUCUCAUGCAUGAAACCACAGAUAAAAACCUGUCACCUGAUGGACAAUACGUGCCUCGAAUCAUGUUCAUAGACCCAUCUCUCACGGUGAGAGCUGAUAUCACAGGAAGAUACUCUAAUCGGCUGUACACUUAUGAACCACAAGACAUACCAUUCUUAAUAGAGAACAUGAAGAAAGCACUACGCCUCAUUCAGACAGAAUUGUAAGCAACAGUGAAAUGUUCAUAGCCUCUAGAAGGUGAAGC